UUUAAUUUUCCCCUACUCUAAUCCAACUGCAUCGCUGCAGUGCCCAAAAAAUAAGUUACAGAGAUUUACCCACAACAAUAAUGAAACGAGAGAAAGAAAAUCCAACAAAAAAUAGAGCGUAGAACACAUAUUUUAGAUGUACGUCAGAAUAAAAUGUAAGAAAUUGAAAAUAAAAUACAAAAAUAAUAAAAACGAAAGAAAAACGUAAAUAAACGCAAUUGGGUGGGAAAAGGAGAGAUCAGAGCGAAGUGACGGUAAAUUUGUAAUUGAAACGGGAUUUCGGGAAGCAAAGCAGUUGGCAGCACCGCCGGAUGGGCCCAGUGAUGAUGCGACCCUGGUCGGCAGCUGUCAAAGAGGCGAGGACGAGAAGAGAAGUAAACAAAAGCUCAAAAAGGCAAGCAAAUGCGAGCAAACGCGAAGAAAACGAACCCACAGCGAUUUAUAUGUCAGCUGGCCCAAACCGAAACCGCUCGUCAGGGGGCAGGCACUACUGUCAAAUAGAAAGGGACCGGGUCCGAUUCUGAAAAACAGACGCAGAUAGCGACGCGCAUGAAAAAGCAAAUUCGUUGAAAUUUAUAAACGCGAUAAUCGAAUCAACUACACACACACACAAAAAAAAAGCAAGAAACAAAAGAGAAAAAGAGAGAAAAAAAAGCCGUAAAAUCAGAGCCGCAACUUUGAAUUCCAAUUGAUUUCUAGCCAAGAUCCUCAUCCAAGAACUUUAUUCUUCAUGGAGCGCACCGCAGUGCCACGAGGCAAACGACCCAGAGUUCAGGUCUCCAUGGACGACAAGGAGCGCGCCAUCGCUCGCAUACGCAAUGGUGAGACGAAGGCGGGCAUCUCACGCGAGCUGGGCGUGCCGGAGUCGACGGUGCGCGGGUGGGUGAAGCGAGCCGAUCAGCGCAUGGCGCGCGAAGCGAACGAAGGCUCUGCCACUCCGUCGCCGCCCUUGAUGAUGACGCACUCCCUGAAGCUGCCCGCCAAGCGGGACUCCAAUGGGCAGCCGCGCACCCGCUCCGCGGGGCCCAUGAACGUGGCCGUGCCGCUGCCCAUGCAGCUCUUCCAGCAGGCAGCCAACAGCCAGCUGCAGCUGAACGGCUGGCUGCACAUCUUCAAUGCGGGCAUUCUCAACUUUACGCUGAUUGCCACCGCCGCCUAUUUGAGGGCGCGCGUGCGCGGCACCACGGAUCGCCAGUCGCUCUGGCAGAUCAUCUGCGAGUAUGUGGACGAGGCUGGGCGCAAUGUGGCCGCCAAUGGGGGGCAGUAUGUGGCAGCAGGAGCAGCAGCAGGAGCAACAGCAAUGCCACCAGCAGCAGCAGCAGCAACAACAACAGCUGCAACAGACUCAUUCAGUCGUAAGCCUAGCCCAUCGCCGGCCAUGGGACGCAGUGGCGGCUUUGUGGCGCCACGACUGCACAUCACGGCCGAGGAUGACGAGGAUGCCGAGCUGGAGCCGAGUCCAUGACAACCGCAUCGAUUCGAUUUAUGUACAUGUAUAUGCAAAUAAAGCGCCCGUCAAUGGGAUUAUGUUGU